AUGAAGACGGCAAUAGUCACCGGCGGCUGCAGCGGCAUCGGUCUGGGCCUGGUGACGCACCUUCUCUCGAAGCCAGACUGGCGCGUGGUGAUCGCGGACAUCCGACCUGAAGCAUUCGCCGCCAUCUCGGGCACAGAUGCCUUAAGGGACAGCGAGAGGCACCUCUUCGUCGAAACGGACGUCGGGUCGUGGGACGCGCAGGCCGCGCUGUUCAAGACGGCGUUCGCCUGGUCUGGCGGGAGGAUCGAAUUCUUCGCGGCCAACGCCGGCACGGCCGAGAGGGAGCACAUUGCGCUGGCGAGCCCGUCGUCCGCGGCGCACGGGGCAUCUGCAGAAGAGGAGGAGCCCACGAAGCCGCCCAUGCUGUGUACGCAGGUCAACCAGAUCGGCGUCUUCUACGGCCUCAAGCUGUUCGUGCACUACGCUCGGCGCACGGCAAAGGCGCUAUCGGUGUCCUCCAACUCGACAACCUCGCCGUCACCACCGUUCAACCCGAAAAUGGUAAUCACCUCGUCCUGCGCCGGCAUCUACCCCUUCCCCGUAGCGCCAGAGUACUGCGCGACCAAGCAUGCGGUUUUGGCGCUGACGCGGUCCGUCGGCGCGCUACUGUACCAGACGGACAACAUCGCCGUCAACUGCAUCAUGCCGGCGUACGUCGACACGGGCAUGACUCCCUCGGACGUGACGGCCAUGUGGCCCAAGGAGUGGAUCACGCCCGUCAGCACGAUGGUACGCGCGUACGACGAGCUGAUCUCCGAGACCGGGCGUGUGAGCCAGGACGGAAAGUCCGACGGCGUCGACGGCGAGGUCAAGCGCGGCCAGAGCGUCGAAUGCGUCGUAGAGAGGUUGUUUUAUAGGAAGCCCGUCGACUACGCCGACGAGAGCCAGCGCUUUCUCAUCGAGCAGAGCUUCGAUCUGCAGGACGGCUUGUGGUGGAAGUUUGCGAGGGCGAGGAUGGCGAAAAGCUAG